ACAACUAUAAUUAACCUGAAAGAUGUUUAUUUUGCGUAGUUAAGGUAUUACUAUGGUCGUACGUCAUAUUACUCGUACUUAUAAUUGUAAGGCAUAGUCGGUAUAUGUGACUGUGUUGUAAGGUACGUAAAAAUAUCUUUAGAAACAUGGCGAAUAUCGCAAAGUUUGUGGGGCUGGACAGAGCUUGUAAUUAUUGGCGUACAAUAAAAGCAAAUGGUGGUAUUUUAAAUUCUUUGUUCACAUUAUACAGAGUGGAUGAAUUAAAAGCUGGUACUUUAGUAGGUGUGGAUAAAUAUGGCAACAAAUACUACGAAAAUAAUUCACACUUUGUUGGUUCUAAUAGAUGGGUAAUAUAUUCUGAAGAAGUUAAUAUGGAUUAUGAUGGUUCUCAAGUCCCAGCAGAAUGGUUUGGAUGGUUACAUUAUAAAACCGAUUUAAUCCCUACUAAGGAUCCUAAUCGACCAAAAUAUUCGUGGAUGGCAGAUCACAAACCAAAUUUAAGUGGUACCAACGAAGCUUACAUACCUUAUACUACUACAAAGCCAAAAAUUAUACCAUGGAAACCACCGCAGUAAUAUAUUUCCAGUGUAAUUUGUCAUAUAGAUUUGCAUAGAGUAAUUAUAAUAAAGAUAAUAUGUAAUUAAAUGUAAAUAAAUAUAAUGAAACUUAA